AUGAGGCGGCAGCUGAGCGGCGAUGGCAGCUAUAUCUCUCAGAGCUACAGCAGCGCCUCUGGGAUGGGGGAGGAGGAAGAAGACAACGUGGCCGAAGGAGAUGCCUGUGGAGCGGAACUGCUGCUGACCUCGGCCGCGGCAGACUACGCCGGGUACCUGCUGCCCUCACCGCUGGGAGGAGUCGCCCCAACCAGAGUGACCAGAGUGGAUGAGUUUGUGGGGAUGCUAGACAUGAUUCGAAGUGAUUCCUCUCAAGUAGUAAGUGAAAGUGUGCCUCAUAUUCAUGCAAAGGCAAUGGAAAUGAAGCAACUGUAUAGAAAGAUCGACAAACUGGAGGCCUUUGUAAAAAUGGUCGGAAAUAGUGUGUCAGGAAUGGAAGAACAGAUCACAAAGGCAGAAUCAGACCUUGGAACGUUCCCAAAUACUUUCAAAAAAAUUCUACACACAGUCAAUGUGCCAUCUUUCCUUAACAAAACAUCUUCCUCAAGGCAGAAUCAAACAGUUUAUGAACCUCCUGAUCUCUUCUAGACAGAAGACUACUUUCCUCCCCUUGGUGAAGCACAGUAUAUGUGAUUUAGCUUGACAAUGA